CAGGAUUACAUCGGAGCCGGCUCCGAAGACGUCCGCAAUUUCUGGGCUUUCUUUGAGCGGCUCCGGCGUUUCCAGAGCCGGAAAACCGAAUGUGAGCCAACACUCAGCUGCCACGACCAAGCAGAACCCUCCGCCGCCGCCCGCCGCCUCGACCUGCCCCGCCGAUACGACCCCCGGUACCGCAUCAACCUCUCGGUGCUGAGCGCCGACAUGGAGGGAGCGAUCCGAGGUCGGCGAGGAGACUCCAGCGUGCCCCAGGAACGCCUCUCCGAAUUCCGCGCCGCUUUGUUGCACUAUCUGGACUUCACCCAAAAACAAAGCUUCGCCAAACUGGCCAAACUCCAACGGGAACGAGCGGCGCUUCCCAUCUCCCAGUACCGGGACCGGCUCCCUCGUGCCGCGGUGCCUCGGUUCUUGCUGGCGGCCGGUUAUAGCCAUGUGGCUUGUACCCACCCUCGCCGUAUCGCCUGCAUCUCGCUGGCCAAGCGGGUGGGUUUUGAGAGCCUGCACCAGUACGGAAACCAGGUGGGCUACCAGAUCCGCUUCGAGAGCACCCGCUCGCCCGCCACCAAGAUCGUUUUCCUGACGGAGGGGCUGCUGCUGCGGCAGGUACAGCGGGAGCCGACGCUGCCCGGGUACCACGUCCUGAUCGCCGACGAGGUUCACGAGCGGCAUCUGCACAGCGAUUUCCUCCUGGGGGUCUUGCGGCGGCUCCUUCCCGCUCGGCCGGACCUUAAGCUGGUGCUGAUGUCAGCAACUAUCAACAUCCGCCUUUUUUCGGGGUACUUUGGGGGUGCCCCGGUGCUGCAGGUGCCAGGAAGGAUCUUCCCCAUCUCGGUCAUCUACCAACCCAUCCCUAAGGAAGAAGCGUCCGUGGUCGGGAAAUCGGGGAAAUCGGAGCGCCUGGAUCCCCUCCCGUACCUGCGGGUGCUGCAAGCCAUCGACCACAAGUACCCGCCGGAGGAACGCGGGGACCUGCUGGUGUUCCUGAGCGGGGUGGCAGAGAUCGGUGCGGUGCUGGAGGCGGCGCAGGCUUACGCCGCGCGUACCCAGCGCUGGAUUGUGCUCCCCUUGCACAGCACCCUCUCUGUCGCGGAGCAGGACAAGGUGUUUGAUGUGCCCCCUCCCGGCGUCCGUAAGUGCAUCCUCUCCACCAAUAUCGCGGAGACUUCGGUGACGAUCGACGGCGUGCGCUUUGUCCUGGAUUCUGGGAAGGUGAAGGAGAUGAGCUACGACCCUCAGGGCAAACUGCAGCGGCUGCAGGAGUUCUGGAUCAGCCGGGCGAGCGCCGAGCAGCGGAAGGGACGCGCUGGCAGGACCGGCCCCGGCGUCUGCUACCGGCUCUACGCCGAGUCCGACUACGAUGCUUUUUCCCCCUACCCCGUGCCGGAGAUCCAGCGGGUAGCGCUUGAUGCUCUGGUACUUCAGUUAAAGAGCAUGGGGCUGGGCGACCCCCGGAUCUUCCCCUUCCUGGAGCCUUUGGAGGGGGGCGUUUCGCUGCCUUCACUGCCUGCGGCGGCCGCGCUGAGCGUGCAGUCCCCGUUCUUGCGACCCGCUCACCCCAACCCCGACUGCGUCACGGCCCGACGGCCCCUCGAGAGCCCCCACGGUGACCCCCUGACGCUGCUCAACAUCUUCAACGAGUGGGUCCAGCUUUACGAGGCCGCCAACCUGCGGCGCCAGUUUCAGGAGCUUCUCCGAGACCACCAGCUUCUGGAGGAAGCCAGCCAGCCCAGUGACAGCUACAGCCGGCAGAGCCGGCACCCGGAACGCCGCGAGCCGCACCGACGCAAGGUGCUGCGGCUACAGGACGGAGCAGACAUCUCCUCCGGCGAGGAGGAGGAGGACAGUGGCACCCGUAGGAAGGGGGAGCGCAGCAUCGAUAUCCAGGACGUCAAGUUCAAGCUCCGACACAACGUGGAUGAGCUCCAGGCCGUAUCCAGCUCAGCCCUCUCCUCCUCGCAGCUCACCCUGCUCAAGCUGGUGCUGUGCAGGGGGCUUUACCCCCAGCUGGCCGUGCCCGACCAGCUCAACAGCAGCCGCAAGGACUCCGAUCAGAUUUUCCACACCAAAAACAAGCAGGGCAUCGUGCUUCAUCCCACCUGUGUCUUCGCUACCAGCCCGGAGCUGCUCCACGCCAAGGAGGGACCGGAGCACGGCGGGACCAAAGACCCCACGGAGGGGCUGAGCUGCCACCACCAGCUCCUUGCCUUUGUCUCGCUACUGGAGACCAACAAGCCCUACCUGGUGAACUGCGUCCGGGUACCAGCCCUACAAGCUCUCCUGCUCUUCUCCCGUUCGCUGGACACCAGCGCGGACUGCGCCCGGCUGGUAGCGGAUGGCUGGCUGGAGCUCACCGUCCCCGACGCGGACUCCGCCGUACGCCUGCUCUCCACGGCCCUGCAGCUUCGCUCCGCCUGGGAAAAACUCCUCCACCAGCUGCUGGAAGGUCGGGGAGAGGAGUCGUGCCGCCGGCCGAGCUCCCGGGACGUAUCCGUGCUCACCCGGCGGCUGCUGGAGUUCCUGCAGAUGAAGCUCCGAGUCGAAGAGGCAUCUAUGGCAGAAGGUUUCUUGGCCUCCCGGGCCCCCCAACCCGUGGCUGCCGCUCCCCGGCUCCCGGGGCUCUUCCAGGGGACGGAGAUGAAGCCCGACGAGGUGAAAGGUGGCCACAGGGUGACAGACUUCCUCACCUACAACUGCCUGGCCACGGACACGGACCUCUACAGCGACUGCCUGCGGAGCUUCUGGACGUGUCCCCACUGCGACCUCCACAUGCCCUUCACCCCCCUGGAGCGCAUGUGCCACGAAAGCGCUUGCCGGCCCGCCGAGGCUCCCCUGGAAGAAGCACCCGAAAGCUCGUCCAAAACCUCCACCCUCCACAGGUCCUACCACUGCGACCUUUGCCAGCAGGAUUUCACCUUCACCCCCACGGAGAUCCUUCGGCACAAGAAGCAGCACCGGUGA